GUAAGCGAAGACGGCAUCAUUAUGUGGAAACCAAAAUUUCUCACACUCACUCAAAACGAACUGCUCUUCUAUGAAGCAGUGCCACAGCUCAAGACCGAGUGGGCAGAGCCAAGGAUAACAAGGCCCCUGGUGGCAACCCGGGUUGUUCAGACCACAUCGCGAACUGCACCCGUGAUGAAAGGACUAUCUGACGUUAUUUCCCUGCGAAUAAGAACGGGAACACAAAAUGGCGUUCGUACCCAUACACUUCGAGUAGAAACUCACGCUGACCUUGCUCAAUGGGUGCGAGCAAUUGUGUUAGGAACAUACGAAGCAUGCUCAGAGACUUCGCAGGUAACUUCACCAUGCAUUUGGAGAGGAGAAAACUGUGAACUUAUCGUGAACCUCGACGUAGGAAUCUCACUAACAGGACCAAAUAGAGAGAUACUUUGGCAACACCCCUUCGAAGCUAUACGGGCAACAGGCGACGAUGGUGGUCGCUUUUUAUGGAUUGAUUUUGGUCCUCCGACUGGUGAACAGAUUAUACCAAAAGCUUUAUCAACAAGAAAAAACAACAAAAUAAUAACAAUAUUUCAGGAGCUAGAUCUUCUCACAUCAGCAAAACCAAUAGUCUUCAUUUUGCACUCAUUUCUUGCUACUAAAGUCUAUCGACUAGGACUCUACGCUUAG